AUGAGAUCAGUCGUCACAGCCGCUUUGGCCGUCCGAGCUGCCGCCUAUGGCCGAGCUGGACGCUGUCGCUGCUCGCGUGCUCUCCACGAGUCAAACGAUCCACGAAUCACAGAUCCGACCACUUCGCCAGGCGUCUUUUGCACUGCAAGGCUGUAUUCGACUGCCUCCAACGCGGAAGCCGGGCCGAGUCGUCUGCCUAGCGCAGGGUCAGGUAGCAGCGCCCGUCCCAGAACCAAAAAGCAUCCCAAAGCCCGAAAGGUCCUGCGACAACCGCCUUUACUACGUCUGGACCCCAGCCGUCCGCUCAUCCCCUCCUUGACGCCCGCAACAUCCUCGAACGAGAUCAGCACGGGUGAAUCCCUUCAACAACGACGAGCAAAGGGCUUGAGUCGGCUACAUGCCGCUCUCCAGGCCGGCACGGCUGAUGCAGCGUGGUCAGCAUACCUCGAUCUGAAGCAGUAUACAACCGUCGAUCGGGAAGCCUUUUCCAGUUACCAGUCGCUUUCGCAAAGCUUGUUAACUCCGCAGGAAUGCGCAUCGGUUGCCAAGAUCAUCAGCAAUGACGCCACCAAGACGAAGCGAGGCGCGAAUCGAAUCCUUCGACUUGCAGCAGAUGUCCGAUCCCAGCAGCGCCGUCUCUUGUCUCAACUGCAACACGCUGACGAUGCGAACGAUCCCACUCGCAGGCACUUGAUACGCAGAGAGCUCAGUUCCUGGGAUGCCGUCGUUUCUCCUGAACUGCUCAAUGUCACCAUCGCACACAUUGGUCGAAGCCUUCGCAGCGUUGGCUUGGAAGAGAUCGAUCAGAUAUUGGAUCAACUGUUGACCUUCGAAGCCAACGAACAUUCGCGUCAACGCGUAGGCUCGCGCGAUAGCUCGACUUCAAGUCAGCUUUCGUCGCUGAAUGCGGCAGGGGCGCUUCAACAUCUUCGCACAGCAAUGCUGUCUCCUGUUGCUCAGGCAAGCCUGGUCAGCCGACGACGCGGAAAACAAAGACAGGCCGAAUUUCCCGACCUGACGACGUACAACACGAUCCUCGACAUCAUCACGCGAACGGUGCAACGUAGCAAGACAAAUCAUCGCUCUGACUCGAGGCCAGCGCAAUCGUUUGAAGAAGAGGACGACGACGAGAUGUCCAAAUUUGCUGAGGAGCAGAUUGAUUCGCACUCGGUCGAGCUCAGUGCGUCGAUCGCGAACCGACUACGACGCUUGGAUCUGGACCCGGAUGCAGCAUCCGUGCAUGUAGACGCGUUGGAGCGAGCAGAUCGACUUUUCCAUUCGGUAUUGGAACGAAUGCAGCGCAAGAGCCGUAUCGAGCCAGACGCCAUCACGUUCAACAUCAUGGUCACGAUGUAUUGCCUUUUGAAUCGGUGGGACAUGGUCCACCGUGCCGUGCGUUCUGCCAAUGAGCGAGGGCUACUCGGCACAGACUGCAUAAACAACGUGCUGGGGCACUGGUUGUUGCGUGGACCUGCUUCCAGGCACGGAGAGGAUCGCGAUAUGUCUCAGGCCGAUGCUGUUGAGCCCGCACUCGAGAUCUAUCGUCAAUUGCGACAAAAUAUGGUCCGCGCUGAGCUUGCAUCGAGACACUCAUCGAUCGCUUACGGCAAAGGUGAUGCAAAAUCGGCACACUCAGCUCGCGCAAACGAGGAGAAUGGCAACUUGCAGGAGGCUUUCGCGCCGCUCUCUUGGCCAGAUCGGGACGAUGCAGAAGACACUGGCCCCAGUGUCGAGGACUCCAAGAAUGACGCUGUCGAGGCGGUGCUUGGCAUAUCGCUCGUGCCGUUGCAAGCCUUGCCCGACGAAAUUACGCACGCUCUGAUGAUCAGCAGUCUGACUCGCGAGGGGCGCUUUGCGGAUGCAUUGAGCAUGUUCAAGGAUCUCGUGUCGACACCGAUUCGAGAAGCGGUCAAUGACACCUGCGAUGCAAGGUCCAGCAGCGAAGGGUCCGAGGACCGCCAGAUGCAACCGACGCUGGCCAUUUUCGACAGCUUCUUCAGGGGAUUCUCGCGGCAUGGCCGACCGAGUACCAUUACCACGCUCGAUCUGCAGAGUCCGGAGCGUAGUCAGUGGGAGCUCGUGCCUCGUGAAGCUGCACCAGACGCAGACAAUGGCGAUGCGAGGGAAGACGAUCCUCAAUCUCGCCAGCUGCAAUUGUGGAGGAUCGAGACAUUUCAAGAGAUCUUUGCGGCUUUCCUGAAACUUGAACCCGACGUCAAGCAAGCACUUGGGUUGAGAGCGACGGGUCGAACUGCGAACAGGAGCAAACGCAGCACACAGCGCAACAUAUCGACGCCUUUUGGUUGGCUGACGUUGCCCGAGAUGCGUCGCCUGGACGCGGCGCGAAGGGCGCCUUCGACGAAUCAGCUCUUCUGGAUUCUAACGGCGAUUCGCAGGGUCAGCCACGAUCACCCCGCAUGGAGUCUCGCCAUGUGGCACAAGGUGGUCGACAAGUUUGACCCAGAGCUUUCAAAGUCUGCGAACGGGGUUGGCUGGAGUGGAUUCCGGCUCGACAAUCGCGUGCGUCGUGUAGUCGAGCAUCUCGAAGCUCGUCUUGCGCAGGACGGUGAUGCUGAAGAGCAGCUUCCAAGCCAAAACGUAGCUUGA